AAAAAAAUAAAAAGGGCAAAUAUUUUAAUUUUGAAUGUGCAUUUUCGACGCUCUGGAAGGUCUCAUCUCAGCUCUCGCUCUUGUAAUAAUAACUAAUUUAGUUCAAAAACCAUGCUUUGGAAUAGUACGACAUGCUUGAAUCCGAACUGCUAUUCAAAGAAUACCAUGGAAAUAGACUGAGAAAACAAGCCAUACAUAUUCAUGGCCCCAAGUCUUUCUCUCUCCAGAAGACUCCCAAACCCUUGUCUCCUUUCUCUCUCUCCUCUUUCCAGCAAAAUUCGACCGUUGGAUCCCACAUUGUUAACCUCACGUGAAUUUCCCGCGUCCCCAUUCAGAUUUCUCAAACGUUAUUCUUCAUUACCACUCAAUCUAGACUAUUACUACGACAAUGACAAUCUCUGCAAUGGCUUCGACCCUGAUUUGUAUUACACCUCUCUCCUUGACAAAUCCAUCCAUAAGGGGCAUUUAAGUCUGAUUCACGCCCAAUUAGUUGUGUCUGGACUUCAAUACAAUGGUUACAUUGUUACCAAACUUAUCAAUGUGAGCUCAAAUCUCGGAGAAAUUCGUUAUGCCCGUGAGGUGUUUGAUGAAUUUCCUGACCCAUACGUGUUUUUGUGGAAUGCCAUCAUUCGGGGUUACUCUAGGCACAAUAUGUUCAGUGAUGCUAUUGAAAUGUAUGUAAAAAUGCAAUCAGCGAGUGUCAUUCCUGAUUGCUUCACUCUUCCUCAUGUGCUUAAAGCUUGUAGUGGUCUGCCAGCAAUGGAAAUUGGUCGUGCAGUACAUGGGCAAAUAUUUAGACACGGGUUUGAAUCGGAUGGGUUUGUGCUGAAUGGGCUUGUGGCUUUUUAUGCGAAAUGCAGUCAAAUGAGGCAAGCUCAGAUUGUUUUUGACCGGUUAUAUGAUAGGACAAUUGUCUCGUGGACCUCACUUAUUUCUGGGUAUGCCCAGAAUGGCCAUCCCAUGGAAGCUUUGAAAUUUUUUAGUCAAAUGAGAAAGUCGAAUGUGGAACUGGAUUGGAUUUCUCUUGUGAGUGUUCUCAGGGCUUACACUGAUGUAGAGGAUUUGGAACAAGGAAAAUCAGUUCAUGCCUGUGUGAUUAAAACAGGUCUUGAAUUUGAACCGGACUUGCGCAUUGCACUCACAGCCAUGUAUGCAAAAUGUGGGCAGGUGAUGGUUGCCAAAUCAUUAUUUGAUCAAAUGGAGGUAUCAAAUGUGAUUUUGUGGAAUGCCAUGAUAUCGGGUUAUGCAAAAAAUGGUUAUGCUGAUGAAGCCGUAGAGCUCUUCAAGAAGAUGACAUUGAAGAAUGUUAGACCUGAUUCUGUUACGGUACGAUCUACAAUCUUAGCUUGUGCCCAAGUUGGGUCCCUUGAACAAGCAAGACAGAUGCAUGACUAUAUCAAUAACAGCGAGCAUAGAAAUGAUGUCUAUGUCAACACAGCCCUUAUAGACAUGUAUGCAAAGUGUGGAAGUGUGGAGUUGGCUCGCAAAGUAUUUAACCAAACACCAACCAGAGAUGUUGUUGUGUGGAGUGCCAUGAUUGUGGGAUAUGGAUUGCAUGGUCGGGGUAGAGAAGCUAUUGAUCUUUUCGACAGAAUGAAGCAAGCUGGGGUGUGCCCUAACGAUGUCACAUUCAUUGGGCUCCUUAUGGCAUGCAAUCAUUCAGGUCUUGUAGAAGAGGGAUGGAAAAUUUUCCACAGCAUGAGAGAUUACAGGAUUGAGCCUCGCCACCAACACUAUGCCUGUGUGGUUGAUCUUCUUGGCCGUGCAGGAUAUUUGCAAAAGGCUUGUGAUUUUAUCAUCAGCAUGCCAAUUGAACCAGCUGUUAGCGUAUGGGGAGCACUUUUGAGUGCAUGCAAGAUCUACCACCAUGUGAAUCUGGGAGAAUAUGCUGCAAAACGGCUUUUCUCAUUAGACCCAUUAAAUACAGGGCAUUAUGUGCAGCUCUCAAAUCUCUAUGCUUCAGCCCGCCUAUGGGAUCGUGUUGCAAAAGUACGGGUAUUGAUGAGGGAGAGAGGGCUAACUAAGGACCUGGGGUAUAGUAUGAUUGAGAUAAAUGGAAAGCUUCAGGCCUUCCGCAUGGGAGACAAGUCACAUCCAAGGUGGAAGGAGAUAUUUGCGGAGCUUUCAAGAUUGGAGAGGAGGCUGACCGACGCAGGUUUUAUUCCAGAUAUGGAUUCUGCUUUGCAUGACUUGAAUUACGAAGACAAGGUAGAGAGCCUCUGUAAUCAUAGUGAAAGAUUGGCAAUUGCUUAUGGGCUUAUCAGCACUCCUCCUGGGACUACACUUCGGCUAAAAAAGAACCUGAGGGCAUGUGUGAACUGUCAUUCAGCAACAAAGCUAAUUUCCAAGAUUGUUGAUAGGGAGAUAGUUGUUAGGGAUGCAAAUCGGUUUCAUCAUUUUAAGGAUGGGUUUUGUUCUUGUGGAGAUUAUUGGUAAUGGGUGGUUGGUUUUUUAAAUUCAUCAAUUUCUGGUUGGACUCAGAUUUUCAGAUGCAUAAGGGAAGCCUAUAAAUUUUGACUCAAUUGAGCCUGAAAGGGUUAUGGGGAUGAAAGACCACAAAUUGUCUUAAUGAAAAUCUUAUCCUAAUCAGCUGUGAUGGUUAUGUCCAAAUCUGAACUCCAUAGGUUUUGGCAUGUUGGUCUGCUUGAUUCUCGUAGUGCUGUAUAUAUUUGAGGAGCUUGAGCAAUUUGAUACGAGGUUGAAGGUGGCUGGAUUUGUUCUGGAUACAGAUUUUGUGUUUGCAUGACUCGAGUAACGAAGAUAUGGAAGUGCAUCUGUGAGCUAAGGAUAACAACUCAAGUUGCAGCAAUGGUUGUUGAUUUACUUUUUUAGGGCUGCAAACCAGUUUCACAUUUCGUGAGUGGAUUUUGAUACUGUGAAGAUCAUCAGUAACAGCUGCAGCUGGUUCUUGACAUUCACUGUAAGUUGUCUGGUUCAGUUCAGUUGCAUAUCAAGGAAGAUUGAUAAUGUUGUAUUAACUAAACUUGAACCAGUUAUGCCCUUGGAAAUUUACAAUCCCUCUAAGAAAA